CUCAUUACCUGCUGUUGUUAAUAAAAGGGGGAGGAUGCCUGUGGCCAGAGCUGCUCAAGGAGGAGACAAGAGAGGAGGACGUUGAAGGAGAUCCUUGAAUGAACUCCACAGAUUGAUCCCUGAUCGCCAACAUAGCAGGAGCGGGAACCCUCGGUGAAUAGUCAGCUGUCCUUGUCUGGAUCAAAGCACUGGCAUCUUUGCAAAAGGGCUUCUCUGAUCAAAGCAAGUUCCUGGUCGACCCUGUAGAGCAGCCACGAUGACAGAGAGGGAAUUCACAUUUGCCUUUCAAGGCUCCGAAGGAGAGAGGCAGACGGCUAAGGGUGGGCCUGAGCAGUCUUUGAUUUCCGCCCUGAGGGACUCGUCCAGCGUCUUCAGCGAGGAGGAGAGAAAGAACGAGGGGAAGGCGGUCCAGCUGCUGGAGGGGGAGCACCUCCGAGGGGCCCUCAAUUUGGGGAUGCCCUGCAAGUGCCUGCCGGAGAACGCCCACCUGGAGGCCUUGUUUGUGGGAGGCGGCGGGGGGUCCCAGGGCCGAGAGGGCAUUGCUGAGGGCAAGGAGUGCACGACAUUCACCGUCGGAGCUGCCCCCGGGAAGAGGCCGAUCCUGAAAGGCCCCGAGGCCGGGGUGGACCUGUGUGUCUUUGCCUUGGAAGGCGAGACGGUGGGCGAGGCACUGAGCGAGGACGGCAGGUUCCUGCCUGAGGUGGGCGGCGAGGGCUGGCGGCUGGUGGAGCGGCAGCAGGGCCGCCGGGCCUUCCCACUGAGCCUGGCAGCCAGAGAGCUGCAGGCCGGGGCCUACGAGCUGGGCUUCGAGGGGGAGGGGGCCGGGGGGAGGCCCAACCUCCGCGAGCUGGCCCAGGAGCUCGACGAGUACCUGAAGGGGCGCCUGGGGGGCGGGGGGCCCUGGGAGGCGGCGCAGAAGGAGUUCGAGGAGCUGAUGGGCGGGGUGACGCCCAACCGGGUGCCCAGCCACGUGGCCAAGCUGCCCACGGCCAUGAACGAGUCGGUGGGCACGCUGCGCUGGAGCCGCCUGGGCGCCGAGGGCAGCGCGGCCUGUUUCCACCUGGCCAGGGGCCACGUGCUGACCUGCUACCACGCGGUCAAGAUGAUGGUGGGGGAGGGGGUGCCCGAGAGCGAGUGGGGCCCGGCGGUGCGCCAGGCGGCCAGCGUGAGCUUCACCUACCGCACCACCGCCGAGACCCAGUGGAAGGUGGCGAGCGACGGCCUGAAGGCCUACUCCGCCGAGUUGGACUACGCAAUCCUGGCCCUGGAGGCGGCCGCAGGCCAAGGCUCCGAGCUGAGGCCCGGCCUGGCCGCCUGGUCCACCAAGCCCGUCGGCCAGGGGGUGGUCUACGCCGUGGGCCGCCAUUUCGCCGACGCCCUCAUGCUGGUGCCCCUGGGCCCCCGGGAGAGCGGCGACCUGUCCGGCCGCCGGAGCUUCCAGGCUUUCUCCAGCCACAGCUUCUCCCGGCAGCCCAGGUCCGAGAGGGCGCCCUACGGCACGGAGUUCCUCCACGACCCCGCCUCCUCCGGCUCGCCCGUCUUCAGCUACUACGGGGGGCUGGUGGGCAUGAGCGCCGGGGGCUACCAGUACGAGGAGCGCGUGGUCGAGUUCGGCCCCACCGUCCAGGCCAUCGCGGCCCACGUCCACCUCAACCACCACCCCUUGUACCAGCUGCUGUUCGGCGGCGGCCCCUCGAAGAAAGGCUGCUCCGUCAUGUAGAGCGGGGGGACUCGCUGAGAGGGGCAGCC